AUGGCACAACCCCUCUUCGACGGCUUUGGGGAGGUGGAAGACGAAGCCGCCCACACGACUAAAACCCAGGAGUUUGAGCAGCUGGCCAGCUGGGUCCGGAAGGAACUGAGCCAGGUUUCUUUGCCCGAGGAUGUUUUCGUCGCCGCCAUCGACGGCUACAAGACGCAAGAUCAUUUCAUCCAGCAGUUCGAGCGGGACAGCAGCGUCCUGAGCUUUGGACUCGGCAGCUGCUGGAGAAAGACAGGUUUUACUCCAUCAAGGUUGAGUGGAAGGAGAUACAAGGCAACGCGCAGCUGCGACUGA